AUGGAUUUUCGUUUUGGUGUACUGGUGUAUGGAGAUGAUUGCCGAGUGAUUCAGUUCAAAGCAGGAACGAAAAACAAGAUCUUAACUAAUCAAGUCAUAAGAAGUGAACGAGCAAAGGACAAGGAUAUCUGCGAGUUGAAAUGCUACUUUGAACCAAACUGUGUGUCCUAUAACUAUGGUCCGCUGGGAGAUGGAGCAUUCACAUGCAAGCUAAGCAACAGAAAUCAUUUGCAGGUCUCUCCCAGUUACUUCGAAUUUAGUAACGACUUUUUAUACAGAGAAAUUAUUAAUUCCUGUGAGAGCAAUCCGUGUGUUAGUAACUCUACAUGUCAAGCGGGGUUUGGUAGUCAUGGUUACCGCUGUAUUUGUUCUGACGGAUAUGAAGGAGAGCUUUGCCAAAUAGAUAUCGAUGAGUGCAACGAUGGAAGCCAUGACUGUCACUUUGCGGCCGAUUGUACAAACACCGCUGGAUCAUUCGACUGCAGCUGUCAGUCUGGACACCUUGGAGAUGGACGGCACUUUUGCUCAGAUAACUGGAAAAAGGUCAACAUAGGCGAUCCUGUCUGUUUUGGGACAAAAAAUGACGACCACGGAACUUUUCAUAUCCAAGAAGCCGGUCAAAUCUACACAUUUAAACUUGUCCAUACAAGCGGCUCCGUGACAUGCGUAUCCAUUUUAGCAAUAUCAACAAAGUGGGGAUGCUCAUUUCCAAUUUACGGAAAUCACAACUUAAUGACGGUGAUAACUUACAGCAACAAAACAGUUCUCCCGCUUGCUGAGUUCUUGAAAGGCAACGACAGAACAUACUAUACUUACCAACUUGAUGGUGCUGAUUUCAACUCCGCAACACUAGUGUUCAAGCUCCUCCGCACCCCACUGGUUGUAUUGGUUGGUCAGCAGUUCCAAUUAUGGUAUGCGCAUGACUUGGUUAAUUUUACAGAGGAUAAUAACGAUGGUAAGACAUGCGCAGACGUUUAUGCUCUGUACCAUUGAGACGGUUAAACGGUUGCGGCAACUACAGAUGACUUCGGUCGUACGUCGGCACUUUGCUGAAUCACAGCCGGCAAACAAUCGGAGAGCGGGUGGUAUUUAGUUCAUAAAGAAGGCACGGUAGAUGUGAUAUGGCUUCAAUCACUAGGUCCUUAAUGAAUGGUCCGUUCAGUUGGUACGAUAAGUAAGCUGAUUGGUUACCGGGACCCUAUAUUAACAAAUUCAGCAAGCUUCGACAUCGAUAUGGAAACGUAGUAGAUAAUUUCAUGUAGUAAUGCAAGUAUGUAAUGACGAAAAGAAAAAACAGAAAAAAAAAGCAACACUAAGAGUCGAGAUUUGCCAUAAUA